AUAAACCGUGCAUAAGAAUUCACAACACAGAGAGCGCGAGACAGUGAGAUAGUGCGAGUCUCUGUUUCCUUGCCAAUAGCUGCGACAUUGUAUCUAUUGACACGGGCCAGCAGCACGUUCGCCGCCGACUAUUUUGAGUAGACGGGUGGCGCACGUGUCGAGCGGCGGCGGCGGCGCAAGCGUGCGGGUCCGCGCCCUCAACACCUUCUCGCAAAAAAACCCUCUCAAUGAAAAAGGCAAAUCCCUGCAGAAUGUUAUUGAGCAGCGCACCGGUGCCGCAGAUGCAGGUGGCCGCGGCGUGGUACAUAUCGCAUCACCGCCCGCCCGCAAUUUCGCGUAAAAUUGGCAGCGUGCGGCGGGCGGGCGGCGGCAGCGGCGCGGAGCGUCGCUCCCGAAAUAGUGUUCGGGCGCGGUCGUACGCCGUCGGGAACGGCGCCCCAGUCGCCGUGUGGCCGCGCGCGCGCACCCGCGUCGCCUCGCCAGCCGUCCCGACGCCGCACGAAUACCCGGGUGAAGGAGCUCGCUCGCCGGUGCACGAGUCAACGGUGCGCGUAUUUCGGUCGCGAGAGGGCCCCGGGCCGCGUCGGGCGCGCUGCCCGCGCGCUGGCCGCCGUGCUCUGGUGGUGGUGCGUGGCGCUGCUGCGGCUGGUCGCGCUGUGCGCGCCUCCCCCCGGCCCGUCGCCGCCGCCCUCCGCCCGCGCCGCGGAAGAUGCGCCGUCGGCGGCCGCCUGCGCGAGCGCGCCGUCCAACACCACCGAGCCGUCGCCGCCGCCCGAGCCGCCCGAGCCGCCCGCGCACCCCGAGUGGUGGUGGGCGGGCGUAUGCGUUGGCGCCGCUGUAUUGGUGUGUGCGGCCGCGGGCGCGCUGGCCCGCCCGCACUUGCGCCGCCGACACGCUGCCGCCGCAGCCGCCGCCGCCAACCCCUGUGUUGUGAUUUGCAGAUGCUCUCGGUACAAGUGCCGGGGUGCGCGGGCAUGGAGCGGCUGGGCGCGCCGGGGGGACCGCGCCUACGGCACGAUCACAGACAUCACCAUUCCACAUUGGAAUGGGAGAAGCAGCAGAGACUGCAGGCGAUGGUGGGGCGGCUGCAAGAGAUGGUGGAGCAGGAGACGCGCGCGCGCUCCGCCGCGGCCGCCGAGCGCCUCGGCCUGCCGCCCAGCAUACAGCUGCCCGACGGCGAGUACGGCCAGGACGUGCAUCUGCAGCUACGAGUCCCUUACCAGCAAGCCGAGCUGACGAGAAGCAGCUUCCAGCCUCCACCGAACAAGUGCGUGAGCGACGUGCCCGAGUGGGCGGGCGGCGCGGAGGCGUCGCUGGCGCGGCGCAAGAAGGACGGGCUGCUGCAGAAGGCCACGCGCUGGUGGGUGCGCAUGGGCGCGCGGCCGGCGCCGUGCCUGCCCGCCGCGCCGCCCGCCGCGCCGCCGCCCUGCGUCAUGGUGCCGCGCCGCGCCGCGCCCGAGCCGCCGCCCGACGCGUGACCGCCGCGCCAGCCGUCCGGAGACCAUAUCACGCUUACAUUCCAUUAUCGGGACGGUCGGACGAGCCGCGGUGCACGCGCGUCCCGGAGUAUUAUAGACUUGGUAUUUAUUUAUUCGGGAGCGGCGGGCGGCGGCGGCGGUGCCGGCGGCUCGCCCGCCGCGCCGAGCGCCGUCUAAGAGUUUCGCGAAAACUAAGACUGAGAUAAAGUAAAAAGAUAUAACGUUAUAAAGUCUACGUUGAAGUAUGUUGUCUUAGGUGAAAUUGAUUCAGAUAGAAACGAUUAAAGGUAUAUUAUAAUAUUUAAUGAAUCUUUCGACGGCCGCCCUCGAUGAUAUCGUGUAUUAGCCGAGGGCCCGUCGACGGUGAGCUGAAGUCUUGCAGUGUACAGUUUCAUGUUUAAGUGACCUAUUUUAAAGUUUAAUUUCUAUCCAGCAGCUAUAACUCUGUGUUUAAACAACUUUUAUAUUUAUUUAUAAUUGUAUGUAAAGGAUGCAUAUCAGUACAGUAAACGCAAGGAAUAUUAAUUUACGUUGCAUAGUUACUAUUUUAUUGUAAAUAUUGUCUGUAAUUUAAUAUUAUUAGAUUAAUUAUUAUGGCCGAACGCCAGAACCCGGGGGUCUUUUCAAUUGAGUGUUUGCUACAUUCCAUAUUUAUGUUGAAAUAUUUUCGAUAAUACUUACUGUACUAGUUGCUUCCACCUGUCUACCUUAGUCCUUGUAUGUCUGUGUCCAGUGUCACGAUGCCUGCUGGGGCGCCUGUGUCGAUACCUAGUCAUGCUGACAAUAAUUGACAAUCGAUUAGUGACUGAUAAUUAAAAUGCAGAUGAAUAGAAAUCUCAUUAGAAAAUAGACAUAAAAAGAAAAAUAUUGAAUUCUUUAGUUAUAAAUUAGCUGUUUAUUAUUUAUAUUAUUCGGUCGGCAGAACAAGUCCUUGCAUGUUAUAGUGGCACAGACAGAGUCAGUUUGUGCUGUAUGACAAGUUGCUCUACCUUGCUUAUUAGACUUUGCUUUGCCGGCCAUCACUGAAGUGUCACCACAGUCAUUAUAACUAUGUUUGCAUCCGUGAUAUCAUCAACGGAUCUAGUUGAAUAGUGUUUUGUCAUACCCAUUGUUUUCACACACACGCAAUCAAACACCGUUUGUCUUAGUCCAUUUAUAAUAAAAGGCGCUCGCCUAAUCAUCUAUACUUUAUUCAAUAGGUUGCAGUGAACACUUGUAUUUUUCCUGUACAUAAUUAAUAUAAUAGGUCAAAAAGUGUUUUGAUUUUAAUACAAUUACGGGUCUUAAGCCUAACACUUGCCGUUAGUAAGCUACAAUGCUGGAGUAUUUUACAAUAAAAUGGCGCAAUAGAUGUAACUUCUUUUAACUGUUAUAAAUAACGCAAUUUUCACAUGCUUCCGAGGUUCGUUCAAUCAUGUGACUCCUGAAGAUAUUAUAUUUAUUUAGAUGUAUUCUAGUCGCUACCACGCGUAGUUUGAUUCUAUCCCAAAAAUGUUGUAUAACUUAUUUAUGAAAGCUUGAGAAUGUCCAUGUAUUUAUAACGUUGUCUGGAAUUGUAUGCAGCACAAUACAAACAAAGGAAAUACAUUGAAAUGUGCCCUAUUUUCCAAAUAGCUAUAACAUAAGUACGUUGUUGUUACUUAAGAGAUAGUGUAGUGCAUUAUUAUCGCGAGUGUGUACGUGUGCGUUGUCUCGUUACGUAUUGUAUGUGUGGAGCGAAACAAUCCUUUGUCUGUAUCCUUAGUAAAAUGGCACAAAAGUUUGCGCAUUUUAUUGAAUUUAUUACAUUGACAGCAUUGGAGUGCUAUACGCGGCCAUUUUUACGGACUGAACCAUAAUAUAAUGUUCAAAAUGUUAAACAAAUAAGUAAUUAUAAUUACUUGAAACUGAUUUGUUUUGUAUAUUUAUUGUUUGUCUUCGAUGUUUUAAUAUGGCGAUUGAUAAAAAUAGUUCAUUGAAAGACAAUUUAGUAUUUAUUUUAAACUUUUUGUAUAUACUUAAUAUAAAUAUAUAACAAACUAUUGUUGUGGCCUACACCUUAAAAUAGAGUGCGUAUGUUCAGCAUACAAAUGUUAACGUUGAAACAUGUGCAUUAAUGGAAUCUCUCGAGUUCUUACUGCUUCUGAGAGACAUUGAACAUCCCUAAAUGAUCGAGUUGUACAGUAUUCUGCAUAACAGGACAAAAAUAUAGGAAUUAAUUUUCGGAUUUCUAUAUUUUUGUUUUAUAUUUUACGGUCACAAGUAUUGUAAUACAUAACGCAGCUUAUCAUUUUAUUAAGUCCCGCCAUGUCUUUUCGUUGCCUUAAAAUUAUAAUUAGUGUCGAAAGCGCUAUUUUAGCAAUCGUUGUACAAAAUGCUGAUGGAAAUAUAAAAGUUGUUUAAAAUAGUCUCACAGAAUAGAUAUUUAAUCUAGAUAUCAAACAAUAUUCCAUUUGUCAUAUUAAUAAGUAAAAGCAGAAGCAAAUGUUUAAUGAUAAAAGAAAACUGCAUUAAAUUAUGACCUACCAAUAAUGA